AUGACGCCGCCGGGCCCCGAGAGCGGCCGAGGUGAGGCGCGGCGAGCGCUCCCCCCGGCACGGCCGUCCCGGGGAUCAAACACCGGGAAGGCGGGAUGGCGGGUGACGGCUCCGGGCGGGACGGGACCUGCCGUCGCGGUGUGGCGGGGCACCGGGCGCGCCGAUCCCCCAGCCGCCCGCUCAGUGCCCGGUCCGCCCGCAGCGGCCGCCACGGCUCCCGGUAAGAAGAUCACGGCGCGGCUGAAGCGGACGCUGCCGGUGCGCGGCCCGCAGGCGCCCACGCUGAGCGAGCUGAUGCGCUGGUACUGCCUCAACACCAACACGCACGGCUGCCGCCGCAUCGUGGUGUCCCGCGGCCGCCUGCGCCGCCUGCUCUGGAUCGUGCUGACCCUCAGCGCCGUGGGGCUCAUCCUCUGGCAGUGCGCGGAGCUCCUCAUGAACUACUACAGCGCCUCGGUGUCCGUCACCGUCCAGUUCCAGAAGCUGCCCUUCCCCGCCGUCACCAUCUGCAACAUCAACCCGUACAAGUACAGUGCCAUGAAAGAAUAUUUAUACGAAUUGGACAAAGAGACAAAAAAAGCUUUGGAAACUUUCUAUGGAUUUUCUGAGGGCAAGUCCAAGGUGCGCCGGUCGGUGGAUGACUGGAACAGCACAGGGAGUGACUUCUUCGAGCAGAUCCCUCUGCUGAAGGUCGAGGACUUCUCCAGGACAGCCACUGAGCUGCACACUGGGCAGAAGAGGAAAAUAGAGGGAAGUGUCUUUCACAAGGACUCGUCCAUCGUGAACUCAGGCGAUUCCAAUGACAUCAUUGGCUUUCAGCUGUGUGAUGCAAACAACAGCAGCGAUUGUGCCCUGUACACGUUCAGUUCGGGGGUUAACGCCAUCCAGGAGUGGUACAAGCUGCAUUACAUGAACAUCAUGGCACAAAUUCCCCUGGAGAUUAAAGAAAAAUUGAGUUAUUCUGCCGAGGACCUUCUACUGACAUGUUUCUUUGAUGGCCUAUCUUGUGACAAAAGGCAUUUCACUCGUUUCCAUCACCCCCUGCACGGCAACUGCUACACCUUCAACAGCGGCGAGAGCGGAACCAUCCUGAGCACCUCCACAGGCGGCAGCGAGUACGGAUUGCAGGUUGUUCUGUACAUCGAUGAAGCAGACUACAACCCCUUCCUGGUGACAUCCACAGGAGCCAAGAUCAUGGUCCACGACCAAAACGAGUAUCCCUUCAUUGAAGACAUUGGCACGGAAAUUGAGACUGCAGCGGCCACCUCCAUAGGGAUGCACUUUACUCAGUCUCGCAAGCUGAGCAAACCCUACAGUGACUGCACAGAGACAGGAGCUGACAUACCUGUGGAAAAUCUCUAUAACAAGAGUUACUCACUCCAGAUCUGCCUGCACUCCUGCUUCCAGAAGGCCAUGGUGGAGUCGUGUGGCUGUGCCCAGUACGCGCAGCCCUUGCCCGCUGGCGCCGAGUACUGCAACUACAAGAAGAACCCAAACUGGAUGUACUGCUACUACAGACUGCAUGAAAAGUUUGUGAAGGAGCAGCUGGGCUGCCAGCAGAUCUGCAAAGACGCCUGCAGCUUCAAGGAGUGGGCGCUCACCACCAGCAUUGCUCAGUGGCCGUCCGUCGUGUCAGAGGACUGGAUGCUCCGAGUUCUCUCUUGGGACAAAGGGCAAAAACUCAACAAGAAGCUGAACAAGACAGACCUUGCCAACCUCAUGGUGUUUUACAAGGACCUGAACGAGAGAUUCAUUUCAGAGAAUCCUGCCAACACGCUCGUCAUUCUUCUGUCCAACUUCGGGGGCCAGCUGGGGCUGUGGAUGAGCUGCUCCGUGGUGUGUGUCAUCGAGAUCGUGGAGGUGUUCUUCAUCGACUCGCUGUCCAUCGUGCUGCGGCGCCAGUGGCAGAGGGCCAAGAAGUGGUGGAGCGGCCGCCAGCAGGGCAGGGCGGCCCAGGCCACGGCCGGCGACGUGGAGAGGCAGGGCCACGAGAACCCCGCGUGCAUCGACGAGGACCUGCCCACCUUCACCACGGCCCUGCGCCUGCCGCUGCCCCAGGACAGCCCCCUGCCCAGGACUCCCCCGCCCAACUACAGCACUUUGCGGCUGGAGACGGCCUUCACAGAGCAGCUGCCCGACACGCUGGAGCUGGGCCAGCACUGACACCUGCCACACGCACACCCGCCCCCAGGUGGGUGCUGGACACGCCUGUUCGGGGCCAGGCGCCGAUCCGGACAAGCACUGAAGGGCUGCCAGGUCAGACCCUUGCUCAGGGAUUGAACUGGCACUCAAAGCUGCCCCGAGCAAAGCUCAGACACAGACGCCGAGGGCUCAGAGACGUUGGGAGCUUCAAGCAACAUCAGUUCUCGAGUUAAUGAUGGCAGGAGAUGGCUGGAGCAGGAUGUGGUGCUAAGCUGGGAUGUCUCACCAGGCAAAGGCACGCAUUAGCCACCAGCUGCACACACCCCAUUGCAUGUGGGCAGGAAUUGCUCCACAGCAGCAGAUUGAUGCCACAUUGAGCAUUAACACUAAUUGCUCUCUGCUGUGUGGCUGGACUUGUGGGAAAAACCCCAGGCUGUCAGGAAUCCAGGAUGGCAUUUGUAGGAAGGGCAUGACAGGGGCUUGGGCAAGGCACAAAAGAGCAUGAAAGGAAAGCUCUCACUUGAAUUUUCAUUAGAAACCCAAUUCCAAUGGUGGCCUGAGGAACUCUUUCUUGUGAGAUGAAAAGCCAGGACAACCAAAAAUGGGCUUGUAGAGCAAGUUACUACACAGCUGGGGUAAGAAAGCCCAAGUCAUCCCCAAAGAAUCAUCUGAAAGGGCAUGAAAUCCAAUUUGGAGCACAGUAAUGAAGUGCAUCCUCUGCAAGCUUGUUCCAUUCCACAUCACUCAAGCAGCCCUUAAACAUAACUUCCAAGGCGCUCAUUAAAUUACUUCCCAGAAGCCUCACAGGGAGUUAGCUGGCUGCUCUUUUCCUGCUCAACCCCAGGCAAGGACUUCCUCCUGCAGCUAGUUCCCCCCCUGCCUGCCCUGGAGCUGGCAAUGCCUGGAGGAAGUUUUGCCCCUUGUGUACCUCAUCCACCUUGCCCCCACACAGUCCCAUCCACAGAGCAGUGUCAGUACCCACGUUUUGCCUCCUGUGCUGCUCCCCCAGGGCCGGGGGCUGUGCAGCACAGCCAUGAGUGCUCCUGGGGCAGCUGGGGCCUCCCUCCUGCCACAGCCCAGUGUGCUGCCUUCAGCUCCCUGUGGAGAUGAGGAGCAGAGCCCACCCCACACGGGCUGGUGGGGUCUGUAGGGCCAGAGCCAUGCAGAGCAUGUCAGGGGUGUCUGAGUGGAAGAGUCUCUCCUUUCCUUUCUCUAUGACCUUAUUUUAUACAGGACAGUGAGAAUCCAGAAAGGUUCUUUAAUGUGCAAUAAAACCUAUUUUAACUGAAUUAUUUAAAUAUAUGAUAAACUGAAAAAAUAAAGAUAUAUUUUUGAGUAA